GCCGGUAUUAUUGCGCAGCAGCUCAACAUAGGACCUCAUAUGGGGUCAUUUCUCCAGCAGGUGAUGAUAUGAUCACCAAGACCUGUGAUGCAACAUUGUCUUUUUUUCCGGAGCUCAAGUCUUGGCUCCGGGACUGCCGCCGCCGGGAUGUAGACGGUCCUACCACAUUACGACGCACAUAUGAAUAUGCUGACGCAGGAACGCCACCAAGCCUUGGGAGAGCAACAGCCCUCUUUUGCUCUAUCUUUCUCUCUCUCCUCGUGGCCAGCACUGCCAAAACCUAUCUCACACCAUGAAGAAGAACCUUUUAACCCUCGCCAUGGCGGGCGUUGCCACCGCGAGCGUAGUGAUCCUCCCGGGCGGCAAGCCGCGGCCUCUGCGGCGCCAGGGAACGGUCGUCUCGUCCGCCACCGACUACGACGCCAUUCUCCGCGGCAGCGCUGAGGCCGAAUUUCCCAACUCGACCGUGCGCAUCAUCCUGUCGUCCUACAACGGCACGCUCGAGCCCAUCAUGCCCGCCAAGGAAGCAGCAGCCUACUACCACAACCACAACCACAACGCAACCGAGAUGGCCCCCUCGGCCGACUCGUUCGUGCGUGGCGCCAUCCAGGCCUGGGCCGAGCACCUGCACCUGGAGGUCCGGCCGGACGAGGUGUGGUUCACCAUCCUGGCGCAGCUCAACUUCUACAUGGAGGCCCACGCCGAAGAGGUACGGCACCUCUUUGUGCGCCACGACGGUCAGCAGACCAUCUAUAUCGAGGAUAACGACUGGACCAGGGUCUUGUGGCGGUUCAAGGACGAGAUCCAGCGCCGCGUGCAGACGCCCUGGCUGGAAGACUGGAUCCUGCCGGACUUCUCGACCACGAGGGCGGACGAUGUCAUGACGGCCAAUAUCCUCAUGAUGGGCCUCAUGAAGGCGUAUUUCCGGUACGAGGGUGGGAUUAUUUGCGGGUUGCCCAGUGUGACGCUGCUCGGGGAAAAGGCGGACUGGGAGAAGUUGCUGGCGAGGCUGGACAGAUUGGCCGAGUUUGGAGCCGAGCCGGAGGAGUACCGGGGCAGGCUGGCACCGAUCUUGACGCGCUUUGUGAAGAGCUUUGACGAGCCGGACUCGAAGGAGAUCAGGGACUUCUGGUCGACCAUUGUGUUUGCGCAGGAUGCUGCCAUGUGCGGAGAUGCGCCGCUCAAGUUGUCGGGCUGGAUUACGGGGUUCUUGUUUUGGGAUACCGAAGGGCGGAGAUGGGCAAAACGCGCGGUAGGUGCGCAGGCUGGACUGGUUCUGGAUGGGGUGAGCUAUGACAGAUGGCACGACGUCAGGUACUUGCCGGUGGGAUAUGCGAGGGCUCCCUUUAUCAUGCAUGACUUUGGCGGCAUGCCGCGGUUCCCUGCAUAUGUUGCUGCAGGGACCCUUGGCAAGAGGCUGGUCAGCGGGCCACCUGACGGCUAUGCCGCUGCGCUCGCCCGGGCCGGUGCAGAUGAGAGCCUGGCUGCGAACGCCAGUGCACACGGUACCCUGAGGCCGCUGUCGGCAUGGAUGCUGUAUGGGCCGCUGUAUCCUCCCGGGCCAAACAUUACUGAAGGGCUUGACGAAGAGCUCUGGUGGAUGACUACCCGCGCAACAACUUGUCAGCGGGACUUCUAG